AUGGCUGCCAGCUCUGCAGCUGCAUCUCUGCUGCCUCCAGUGAAGAGCGUGGUGGUGUAUAGGAAUGGAGACCCCUUCUACAGUGGACGCAGGUUUGUGGUCAACCAGCGACAGGUGGUCACCAUGGAGGCCUUUCUGAAUGAAGUGACCCAGAGCAUCGGUGCCCCUCUUGCCGUCAGGACUCUGUACACCCCCAGGCAGGGCCACCGAGUCACAGACCUGCAGGAUCUACGGACAGGAGCCCAGUAUGUUGCUGCUGGCUUUGAGAGAUUCAAGAAACUCGAUUACCUGAACGUGAGAACAAAAAAGCAACCCACUGCUCGUGAGGAAACCCAGGUCAAAGCAAUCCAGAGGCCGAAUGUGUCAGCUAAAUGGAGGAAGUAUAUACCUGUGCCUUGCAUUAUACACGUUUUUCGAAAUGGAGACCUCCUGUGUCCACCGUUCCGAUUCAUCAUUCCUCGGAGCAUGCAGCAGGACCUGGAUCAGAUCUUGAGUCUAAUCACAGAGAAGGUCAGCCUAAGGACCGGUGCGGUGCGCAGGUUGUGUUCUCUAGAAGGAGUGGCCGUGUCCUCAGCUGGUGAGCUGGAGACUGGCCGCUGCUAUGUUGCCGUGGGAACUGAGAGGUUCAAGAAACUCCCAUAUGUGGAGCUAUUAAUCUCCAAAACUACAGAGAGAUAUUACCCUGGGAAGAGAAGGAUGUUAAGGAGAGCUGAGAACAGGAAAGCAGGAAGCGGGCCUGAAGACCAAUGCAGUGACUCAGCUCUCCUUGACUCCCCAGAGUCAGACGGUCGGAGGGUGAAGUCAACAGGAGAUGAAGCUGCAGCCCCACAAGCUUCCCAGCAAAGGAGCAGGAGAGAGGGAGCAGAUGAGACCUCUAUGUUUUUUGCCAGGCCGGUCAAGAUCCGGAAGAAUCGAAUGCAAACGAGACCACCGCUCAGCAAUGGAUCUGGCCAGCCCAGUGUAUUUAAAAGUUCAGCACAGAAAAGGAGAGAAGAGGUACGAGGGGCAGAGGAGGUGCAGGAGGAUGAAAAUACAGCUACAGAGCUUCCUGUUGAUCAGAGAGCUGCAGAAAUAGUGGAGGAGGAGGAAUUAACCAACCCAGACGAUCCUCUGCAGAACAAACAGAUGAGACAAGCACAAAUUAUCAGGGGUGAGCAGCACGACGACAAGGAGCACCCACACAAGUACAGUGGAAAGCAGGCAUUACUAUCUGAAGAGGAGCAGGAGUCCAAAGCUGAAAUACUGGAGCUGAAGCAGACGUCUUCAAAGUCGAGGCCUUCGUCGUCUAGCAGCCACGCAGAGCACAGAAAAGAAAAGGAGAUCCUGCAGGAUGCGCCGUCGGUUGCAACAGAACAAAACCACCAUCAUCAGGAGGUCACGGCAUCCUAACAGUUUCACAUCGCAUGAACGUUUGAUUAAAUUAGUAGUACUUUAACUGUGGUAAUGAGCCAAAUAACAACAUUAAUGUAUGUUUGUCUUAUUGUAGAAAAUGUAAGCGUGAGAAGUGCAAGCAGAACAAACACUACAACAGGUGGAUACACUAUCAGAAGCUCUACAAGCUUCAACUAAAACUGAUUGAAGUUUAUUGUAUUGUUUAUGACAUUGUCCAUUCAGUUUUACAGGCAUGAUUCUUAUGCUGAUACUGUGUAGAUGUUCAAUGCUGCAAUAUAUUCACUAUGCG